UGCAACAUCCCAUCAAACCUUGCCAAAAAGGAAAACUUGAACUUACACAAUUGAAGUUAAAUCGCUAACAUCGAUUGAGAUGUGUAGGGCUGAGGACAUAUCCUAAUGUAACUACUUUGAGAUUUCCACCAGCUAAGUGCCUUGCUUUGAAUUGUUCGUCUAGCCUACGAAGGUGAUAAUCAACAUCUAUAUCCAGGGUUAUUCCUCCUUUGGGUGCCGUCAUCAUUCAGCAGCGAAACGUACAAGAUUCAAAUCAUCUUGGACGUCCCCUAGUUUUUGUUAAAGGACAACAUCGGUUACGCGUGGGACUAGGAGGUUUAGUUCAAGAACCUGACGCAAGAAAGAAGCUGUAAAUCCGACACUAUAAGAGAAAAUAAACACCAUCUUCGACCAACUUCGAAAGCACCAUGAUAAGACUUGGCCUUCUCUUAGUUUGUCUGUUCGUGUACCAUCAAGAUGUGAUGGGGCAAAGUGAUUGUCGCCGAAUAAGACGACGCUGUCCGUACAGUACUCGACGUAGCCCGGUUUGUGAUACCAACGGUCGAACAUGGAAUAGUCACUGCGCCCUCUUGCGAGCACAAUGUAAUGAUCCCUACCUCUACGUACAGUUGGCAUACUCAGGAAAAUGUAUAGACCAACAAAUGAGACGGAGACAACCAAUUUACCAAGGUUCGGCUGCUUCUGCAACAAGUAGCAGUGAGGAGAGUGCCGAAAUGAUUGGUCCUACAGUACCCGCCAUUGGACGAACUACAAUAAAACCAGCAAAUAACCCUACCCUUGCACCUGACGGUGUCAUGCCUUACCCAUGUCCUCUGCAGUGUGCCCCGAGCACCAAACAGGUCUGCGGCAGCGACGGCUACACCUACGACUCCGUGUGUCAUAUGAGGAUGGAAGCAUGUCGUACACGAGAUCGUUCCCUGAUCGUCAACUACAGCGGGCCCUGUCAAUGCCCAGAUGUGUGUCCGAUGGUGUACGAGCCUGUCUGUGCUGUGAGCAGGAGACUUGGGUUCCCGAGAGAAAGGACGUUCACGUCUGUAUGUGAGAUGCAAAAGGACGCUUGUAGACACAGUGAUAGGUCAAUGACGAUGUCAUAUCAAGGGGAAUGUUUAACUGCAUUGCAAGGUACACAUUCAAAAGACAAUGCAACUUUCCGUGUGACACGCUCUAUGAGCCUGUGUGCAGUACCAAGAACGUGA